GCGCGGGCGAGUUGGACCGAGCGGGACUCCUGGCCCGGCCGAGGCGCUGAUCCCUUCCCGAUCGAUGCACAGCCCCUCCGAGGCGCAAGCCGCCAGGAUGUCUCAGUGGUAUGAGCUCCAGCAGCUGGACUCCAAGUUUCUGGAGCAGGUUCACCAGCUCUACGACGACAGUUUCCCCAUGGAAAUCCGGCAGUACCUGGCCCAGUGGCUGGAAAAGCAAGACUGGGAGCAUGCAGCCGCCGAUGUGUCCUUUGCCACCAUCCGCUUCCACGACCUCCUGUCGCAGCUGGACGAUCAGUACAGUCGCUUCUCUUUGGAGAACAACUUUCUGUUGCAGCACAACAUAAGGAAGAGCAAGCGCAACCUGCAGGAUAGUUUCCAGGAAGACCCAGUACAGAUGUCUAUGAUCAUCUUUAACUGCCUGAAGGAGGAACGGAAGAUUUUGGAAAAUGCCCGCAGAUUUAAUCAGGCCCAGUCAGGGAGUGUUCAGAAUACAGUGAUGUUAGACAAACACAAAGAGCUUGACUGCAAAGUCAGAAAUGUGAAGGACCAAGUCAUGAGUAUAGAGCAGGAGAUCAAAACCCUGGAAGAUUUACAAGAUGAAUAUGAUUUUAAAUGCAAAACCUCGCAGAACAGAGAACAUGAAACCAAUGGUGUGGCAAAGAACGACCAGAAACAAGAACAGCUGUUACUACAUCAGAUGUAUUUAAUGCUUGACAAUAAGAGAAAGGAAAUAAUUCACAAAAUCAGAGAGCUGUUGAACGCCACGGAGCUGACCCAGAACACCCUGAUCAGUGACGAGCUGGUGGAGUGGAAGCGGCGGCAGCAGAGCGCCUGCAUCGGGGGGCCUCCCAACACUUGCCUGGACCAGCUGCAGGGCUGGUUCACCGUGGUGGCAGAGAGUCUGCAGCAGGUACGGCAGCAGCUCAAGAAGCUGGAGGAGCUGGAGCAGAAGUUAGCCUACGAGCACGACCCCAUCACCAAGAACAAGCAGGGGCUCUGGGACCGCACCGUUGCCCUCUUCCAGCAGCUCGUCCAGAGCUCCUUCGUGGUGGAAAGACAGCCGUGCAUGCCAACGCAUCCACAGAGGCCUCUGGUCUUGAAGACUGGAGUACAGUUCACCGUCAAGCUGAGACUGUUGGUGAAAUUGCAAGAGCUGAAUUAUAACUUGAAAGUGAAAGUCUUAUUUGAUAAGGAUGUGAAUGAGAGAAACACAGUGAAGGGGUUCCGGAAGUUCAACAUCUUGGGCACACACACCAAGGUCAUGAACAUGGAGGAGUCCACCAACGGCAGCCUGGCGGCUGAGUUCCGACACUUGCAACUGAAAGAACAGAAGAACGCUGGCAACAGAACCAAUGAGGGCCCUCUGGUCGUUACUGAAGAACUUCACUCUCUUAGCUUCGAAACCCAGCUGUGCCAGCCUGGCCUGGUCAUUGACCUCGAGACAACCUCCUUGCCCGUGGUGGUGAUCUCCAAUGUCAGCCAGCUGCCCAGUGGCUGGGCCUCCAUCCUGUGGUACAACAUGCUGGUGGCGGAACCCAGGAACCUGUCCUUCUUCCUGAACCCACCCUGUGCACGGUGGGCUCAGCUUUCAGAGGUGCUGAGUUGGCAGUUUUCCUCCGUCACCAAGAGAGGCCUCAACGGGGACCAGCUGAGCAUGCUGGGCGAGAAGCUUCUUGGUCCUAACGCUGCCCCGGACGGCCUCAUCCCCUGGACUAGGUUUUGUAAGGAAAACAUCAAUGAUAAAAACUUUUCCUUCUGGCUUUGGAUCGAAAGCAUCCUAGAACUCAUUAAAAAACACCUGCUGUCUCUCUGGAAUGAUGGGUGCAUCAUGGGUUUCAUCAGCAAGGAGCGGGAGCGCGCGCUGCUCAAGGACCAGCAGCCCGGGACCUUCCUGCUGCGGUUCAGUGAGAGCUCCCGUGAGGGUGCCAUCACUUUCACCUGGAUGGAGCGCUCCCAGAACGGAGGCGAACCUGAGUUCCAUGCAGUUGAACCCUACACCAAGAAGGAGCUCUCUGCCGUCACUUUCCCCGACAUCAUCCGCAAUUACAAAGUCAUGGCUGCGGAGAAUAUUCCAGAGAACCCCCUCAAGUAUCUGUACCCAAACAUUGACAAAGACCACGCGUUUGGAAAGUACUACUCCAGGCCGAAAGAGGCACCGGAGCCCAUGGAGCUGGACGGCCCAAAAGGAACCGGCUACAUCAAGACUGAGUUGAUUUCUGUGUCUGAAGUUCACCCUUCUAGACUUCAGACCACAGACAACCUGCUCCCCAUGUCUCCCGAGGAGUUUGACGAAGUGUCCCGGAUCAUGGGCCCUGUGGAAUUUGACAGUAUGAUGAAUGCAGUGUAGAGCGUGAAUUGUUCUCAUCUCUGGCGACGUUUUUUGCUUCCCAUCUGCGGUUCCCUCAUGCUACUCUGUUCCUUCACGUCCUGUUUCUAGGGAAAUGAAAGCAAAGACAGCAAAUUGCAACCUGUGGUUGCAAGUGAAUAUUCCUCUCACUCAGAAGCGUGGUAUUCUGGAGCACUUUGUGCAGCUUAGCGACAGUGACACUGAAAGACACUCUCCCCAGUGGAUUUGCGAAUGAAAAACACCCAGAGAGCCCUGACACCUACGAGUAGAUUGAGAGUCCUUUGGGAAAGGUGAGGAGGUUAGCAGCAUCUGCAGAUGCUGUGCAGGGUCAGUGCCUGAGGGCCACAGGCGUUGGACGGAUACAUGGUUGGUUAUGGAGCCUGACGGAGGGAUGGUGAAUCUCUGCUCUUGACAGUUCUGUGCGGUCUCUCUGCUUAAUGUGUGGCUGGAAGUUUUGCUUUAUCAGUGGCACAGUUCAAAGCCAAGUUGGGUACAGUUAUGUGGUAUAUUAACACCUUAUCAAAGGUAGCCAUCUCGAAUCUAAGAGCACAGGCUCUACUCUUUUUUUAUUUGGAUCUUCCACCCUGGCCACUGAAAAUGGAAGACAAAUUCUGUCUUGAGAAAAUUUGCCUUUUUCUGUUAGGUAUGGCGAAUGCUGUUGGCUAAUAACAGUAGAAGGAAGUUCGUAUGUUUCCCACAUUCAUGAGCAGCGAGUUCUCAUCAUAUUAAAGAUAUUAAGUGUAUUCCGCUUUUGUCUUGGUCACCAGUGAGUAAAAUUAUGGCCUUCUGUCAGGAGAGCCAGCCUGUUAGCAACGUAUCUCUCAAGGAAAAUCUUUUUUUUUUUAAUUGAAAUUUUUUAAUAGAUGUAGAUAAAGCCAGAAGUUUAACUCAGAUAUCUUAAGUGGAUUGUCUUUAUUGUUAGCAGCUGGUAAUCUCAGCCGUACAGUUGAGAAUGGAGCAGGAAAAGUGGUAACUGACAACUUGAAUCCUUAACCAGAGACAGUGUGAGAAUCCAGUAACUUAUGAACUUGUGUCCUAUGUACCUGCACUGAGAACUGCAUAUUCUUCACUGAUAAAUGUGUUUUUCUGACAAGUACCCUUGGAUGGCUCCAUGAUCUGUCCUGUGCUUCCUUCAGGCCCCUUCUGAAUGGGCGUGUGGUUUUCCCUCCCCCAUUUCCUUCCUCAGCUCCGAUACCCAGAGGCUCCGUGGUAAGGGCGGGCUCUGCUGAUCCAUCGUCACCCCCAGCUGCACUGUUGUAGAAAAGCUUUGUUUUCCUUUGGUGGAGAAUAGUUUUCUUGAAAUCUGCUUUAAAAGUUGAACUGAUGCAUACGUACUGUAUAAACAUUACCUGUGCACAGUACAGUCUGCCCACAAAUUGAGGCUCCGUGUUUACCUAAGACAGCAUGAACCUGGGUGGGAUUUGGUUCACUUUGUAAAUGAAAAUGAUAAGAAACAAAACCACAUUUUAAGAAGUACUUUUUUAUUUGCUGAGAGUUAACUAUUUGCCAUAUUUUGUCCUGUGAGAAUGAUGUGGUGUGCUUUCAUUUUACCAGCGACCUGGCUUACUUUUAAUAAGUAUUAACAUUCUAAUAUUAAUCUCUCCUGAGCAUUUAGUAUAAAGAUUUUUAAAGUUGCUGGCCUUGUGAAUUGGUUUAAUAUUUACCUUAUUUACAUAACAGUCCUUGUUUUAAGAUUAUCAUUCUUACUUACCCUGCUGCUAAUCAGAACCGUGGCAGGGUGAGAUAGGCCGAUGGGAAAGAUCAGUUUGUGUUCUUGUGUGAUUGACCACUGUAAGAAUCCCUGACCAGACCCUGGCUGAAAGAUGUCGGCGUUUUGACAAGGCCUGGUCCCUGUGUUGCACUGACAGGUUUGGAAGGUAUUCUAGGCCAUUUUCCUUUCCGUUGGUGCAGGCCCACUCACUGACUGUCCUGAUUAAAACCUGGCUGCUUUUUCCCUUAGAAGGGGGAAGGGAUGUUGGAAACAUAAACUGCCUGUGGACCACUUGGGAUAAUCAUACUGCUUUUAAGCAACGAAUUUCCUGAGAUGGCAGUAAGCAAGCAAAAUAUGUAUUUGUAUGAAGUAUUGUAUGAAGGCGAAUCUUAAUGAACAGAGCCGUUCUCUGUCGCAUCUGAUUGUCCCAGCGGAAACAG